ACAUUUUCAGCCCUUCUUCAUAGUAACCUCUCCGAGCAGUCCCCGGCUAAAACCUCCGCUGUUUCUUCUUCCCACUUUCUGCUGUGCAAUUGGUUUCCAUUAGCUCUUCAACUCCACAGACCACAGCUCCGUUCAAGAUGGUGACCAAAAGGCAGAAAUUAGCCCGAAGGAAAUUCAAACAAGAGAACCCAGCUCUGUUCCCAAAGCCAGAGCCGACGCCGCCGAAGGACCCCAACAAGCCGAAGAAAAAGAAGAGCCUGUUCAAGCGCAAGAAGAAGAACACUGAACCCAGAGAUCCCAGCAAGAGAAGCAAAUUCACGAAGCGGCCCCUUAGAGUCCCUGGAAUGAAGCCCGGGGAUACUUGUUAUAUAUGCAAAUCUGUGGACCAUAUUGCCAAACUCUGCCCCCAGAAAGCUGAAUGGGAGAGGAACAAGAUAUGUUUGCUCUGCAGGCAGCGGGGGCAUAGCCUCCAGCGGUGUCCCAAUAAGGAAGAUGAGACGGUGGGUGCUAAGCUGUGUUACAAUUGUGGCGAGUCUGGACAUUCCUUGGCUAACUGCCUUCAGCCUCGUCAAGAUGGUGGAACCAAGUUUGCUAAUUGUUUUAUCUGCAAUGAACAAGGACAUUUGAGCAAGGACUGCCCCAAAAAUGCUCAUGGGAUAUACCCCAAGGGUGGUUGUUGUAAAAUAUGCAGCGGGGUGACCCAUUUGGCUAGAGAUUGCCCUGAUAAGGAUCAAUGGUUUACUCCUGCCAAUGAUAGACAAGCAUUCCGAAAUGUCGAAAGGCCAACAGGGAAGCUGAUCAAAUUUAUAAGCGGGGAUGAGCUUGCUGACGAUUUUAUGCUAGAUAGUAGUGCAUACAGCAGCGAGCAAACGGGGAAGUCAUCUGAUACGAAGGAAGAAGCUACAAAAUCCAAGAUGAAAAAAGAGCCCAAAGUAGUGAACUUUGAAGGGUAGGAAGGUGAUGGUUGCUUAGACUUAUAACCACCCGGCUUCCUGACAUAUGUCUCAGAACUCAUAGAAGUGUUCAAGUUCCUGGAUAGUCUUCCCCUUCCCUAGCAACACCAAUUUGCUUUGUCAAAUUCAAGGUUUUGUUUACUUGUGUUCUCGUUUGAGCCCAAAGUAGAAAAUUUCAGAGAUUUGGGACAUAAAGAAUCAAUUUUGUUGGGUCAUAAGAAAUUCCCAGAACUUAUGCAACUCUUUCGAGCAAUGUGGAUUGCUCCAAAAAAAAGACACCAUCUUCAUCAGAAUCGGC